UGGUGCGUGACACAGCAUUCUUCCCGCCCUUCCCUUUCCUCGCUCGCCAUGGCGCGGUUUGGGACGCGGCCCGCGGCGGCUGCCGGAGCUUCUUCAGAACGGAAAACAUACAGGAAUUGUCAAUGUGUAGCCGCUCGCUGAUGGGGACAGGGACAGGGGGACGAGUGGAUGAGAUUAACCCGGCGCUUGUUUUUAUUUAAAAUAAUAAUAACAACAGUAAUAAUAAAAGAAAGUAAUAAAAAAAAAAAUGCCCGCGUGCUAUACAGAGUGGAGCGCGAGCCGUGGCUCGCGACCUUAGCGACUCUUCCUUUUUGUUAUCUCUCUCUCUUUCUCUAUUAUCAUCAUCAUCAUCAUCAUCAUUAUUAUUAUUUCUCUCGCCCGCCGCCGCCGAUGAUUUCAGACAGCGACCCGAGGACGGAGUGUGUCGAUAAAUCGCAAGGAUGAAAUUUACCGAGCACUUGGCGGCGCACAUCACGCCGGAGUGGAGGAAGCAGUACAUCCAGUAUGAGGCAUUCAAGGAGAUGCUGUACUCCGCCCAGGACCAGGCUCCAUCGAUUGAGGUCACGGACGAGGACACGGUUAAGAGGUACUACGCCAAGUUCGAGGAGAAGUUCUUCCAAACAUGCGAGAAGGAGCUGGCCAAAAUCAACACAUUUUAUUCAGAGAAGCUGGCCGAAGCUCAGCGGCGCUUCGCCACGUUGCAGAACGAGCUCCAGUCGUCUCUGGACGCGCAGCGCGAGAGCAGCCGAGCCCCGGGCUUGCGGCCCCGCCGUCGCGCCGUCUUCCACCUGUCCCAGCAGGAGCGCUGCAAACACCGCAACAUCAAGGACCUGCAGCUGGCUUUCAGCGAGUUCUACCUCAGCCUCAUCCUGCUGCAGAACUACCAGAACCUAAACUUCACCGGUUUCAGGAAGAUCCUAAAGAAACAUGAUAAGAUCUUCGAGACCGUGCGAGGGGCCGACUGGCGGGUCGCUCACGUUGAAGUGGCGCCGUUCUACACCUGCAAGAAGAUCACUCAGAUCAUUUCUGAGACAGAGACCCUGGUCACGACUGAACUGGAAGGCGGCGACAGACAGAAAGCCAUGAAGAGGCUUCGAGUGCCUCCCUUAGGAGCUGCACAGCCCGCGCCGGCAUGGACCACUUUCCGAGUCGGACUUUACUGUGGAGUCUUUGUCGUGUUAAUAGUCACCAUCAUCAUCACGGGCAUAGCAAAAGCACUGCAAAAUAACCCCUCUCCGGAGAAGGUGUGGCCGCUGGUUCGGAUCUACCGCGGCGGCUUCCUGCUCAUCGAGUUCCUCUUCCUGUUGGGCAUCAACACGUACGGCUGGAGGCAGGCGGGCGUCAAUCACGUGCUCAUCUUCGAGCUCAACCCGCGCAACAACCUCUCGCACCAGCACCUGUUCGAGAUCGCAGGCUUUCUCGGCAUGCUGUGGUGCGUCAGCAUCCUGUCCUGCCUGUUCUCCGAUUCCUUAAUGAUCCCGAUUCAUGCUUGUCCCCUGGCACUCUACAGUUUCUUCCUACUUUUCCUCAUCAACCCCUUCAAGACGUGCUACUACAAAUCCCGCUUCUGGCUUCUCAAACUGCUGUUCCGAGUGGUCACGGCUCCGUUCCACAGAGUGGGCUUCGCUGACUUCUGGCUGGCCGAUCAGCUCAACUCGCUCAGCACCGUUCUGAUGGACCUGGAGUACCUGAUCUGCUUCUACAGCGUGGAGCUGGACUGGCUCACGUCCUACACUCAGCUCAAUACGUGCAAUACCUACUCAUACGGCGUGCGCGCCAUCAUCCAGUGCCUGCCAGCCUGGUUCCGCUUCGUGCAGUGCCUGAGGCGGUACAGAGACACGAAGCGCGCCUUUCCUCACUUGGUAAACGCCGGCAAAUACUCAACCACCUUCUUCGUGGUGACUUUUAAGGCGCUCUACAAGACACACCAAGCCGGCAAACAUUCAGACUCUGACAUUUUCCUGUAUCUGCUUAUCGCCUGCUCGAUAAUUAACUCCUGUUACACGCUCAUCUGGGACCUAAAGAUGGAUUGGGGUCUGUUUGACCGCAACGCCGGGGAGAAUACGCUUCUCCGCGAGGAAAUCGUAUACCCACAGAAAGCUUACUAUUAUUGUGCCAUAUUAGAAGAUGUGAUCUUGCGCUUUGCCUGGACCAUUCCUCUCUCACUCCACGUACUGACUUCACACCACUUAGUUGCUGAAAUUCUGUCCACCGUUCUCACGCCGCUGGAGGUCUUUAGACGCUUCGUUUGGAACUUCUUCCGUCUGGAGAACGAGCACCUGAACAACUGCGGUGAGUUCCGAGCAGUUCGGGACAUCUCGGUGGCUCCACUCAACGCAGACGACCAGACGCUUCUGGAGCAGAUGAUGGACCAGGAGGACGGCGUCCGGAACCGCCAGGGCAAGAAGAGCUGGAAGAGGAGCUACAGCAUGUCGCUGAGGCGACCUCGUCUGGCCUCCCAAUCAAAAAUGCGAGACACCAAAGUCCUGAUCGAGGACACGGACGACGACACCUGACCUCUGCCCUCCUUAGGGGGGCUCCUUCAUACCCUCUAAACGGACCACGGUCCCUUCAGGGGCCCUACGCCUUCGUAGGCUUUCCAAUCAGUCCAUCACAAAGCUGCCUGUCUACACACACAUACAUGCCUACACACACAAGCACAUACACAAUCUCAGAGACGAAACCAAACUUGACACACACACACACACAUGCACACAAAGCGAUUUUCCUCACUAGCACAGGAUCAGCCACUCAAUUAGUUACUGUAUUGUUCUCGAUCGAUUCCAUCGUUACUGCCUUUGAUUCUUUUCAAAGCUCUGUUAUAAAGAAAAAGAAAAAAAAGGAAAAAAAAAAACUGUCUAUACUUGUAUGUAAAGUAUAUUCGCGUAUAACAGGGAUCAAAGCGUGAUAAUCAAAAACAAGCCUCUGUAGGAACGGACGAGAUUCCGCUAAAGACUCGGUGACGGUGAACACCACGUCUCUGUGUAUGUAGUGUUGUUCAUGUAGCAGUGCCCUUAGAUGUGUUCGUCAUCAUCGGUGGAUUUUUCUUUUUAACUUUUUAAGAAUGUACAUUACGUUGUUAUUUAUGUGAAGGAAAAGCUGCCUUUGGUCCAUUCAUGGAAUUGUAUAGAGUUUUAAAGAUGAAAAGGCGAUGACUGAUUCCAUGACUUCUGCCCAAGCAUGUUUUUCGAAACCCUCAGGUGGCUUUUCAAUCAGAUCAUCAUAAUACCACACAAAAAAAACUUUAAAAAACACAAAGAAACAAAACUACUAGUUAGCUAGCUAGCAGACAGGUGACGUUCGCCUACUUUUUGUCGUUGUUUUCUUGAUGCCAAUGCAAUCUGAACGAGUGCUGCUUUUUUAGGACCUGUGGGAGUUUCUGUUUCUCAAGGGUUAUAUAGCUACACGGCUCAUUCAAGAGCACGCCAAACAGAAGAGCUUUGUCGCAGUUUAAGCAGGGAAUUAAUGUCUGGACUUGAAAUGAGCGGGUCUGAAUUAGUGAAAUGAUAAGCUGUAAUCUUAUGUUAUUUUUUUAGCAUUGUUAGAACUCCAUCUUCUUGAAUUUGAACCUACACUGAACAUGAGCAGAUAUUUAUUUUGUACAGCUAUCCAUCCAUCCAUCCCUCACAUUCCAGUGCGCACGUGUUUCACAUGAGCUGAGCUCUAUGUCUUUUUUCCUUUUUGUAUAUAUAUAUAUAUAUAUAUAUAUAUAUAUAGACGUCUUCCAGUGUUACAGCUAGUCCGUAAAUGCCACCUAAGGGUUUUUUUUUUUAAAUACAAAACCAGGUACCUGACUUGUAACCUGUGGACUUUCAUUCUUAGCAGACAUCGUUUCUUUUGUUCCACUUCAAUCCCAAGCUCGGGAAAUGUCUCCAGCGCCUGUAAUAACGGACGAUUAUAUUGUAAAGGGGUAUAACUCAGGGCUCCAUCCUGGGUCCGGUGAAAAUGUACUGUUACAUUCCAGGAGCAUCAGGAAAAGCAAAAGGUUCCCCCACUCCCUUUUGUCAUUUUCGUUAAUUCAGUUGGAGCUGGGCUGAUUCCAGCCUGAUGUAGAAAACAUUGAUUCACUUCUGCAAUAAUCUGUAAAGGCUCCUCUUUAAGAUCAUGUUGUGUCCUACUGUCCCAAGUAAAUGCUUGGAACAAAAAAAAAAAAAAGAGGUUGAUUUGAAUGUUCCUUUCUAAUUUGCUUGUCACUGCUCAUACUUUGAUUGUGACUGCCAUUACUUCAGUUCAGUCUUGCUUAUUUUUAAGUUCUGUCCUUUUUUUAUUUAAGGAAAAGAAAUGAAAGCAAUGAAAGAGAAACAUUGCAAUAUGCAUAGUGUAUCAUAACACCAUUCCAUUUACGAGUGGUGCUAGUUAACUGAAAAAUAAAACAAUGUUAUGAUAAAACAA